AUGCCUCACCCAAGCCCUCUGCUACAACACGGCACUGAGAAGAAAGCGUGCAGCCGUCGCACCGCCCAACCUGCAUGCAACCGCAAUGGGGAAUUGCUGGUGAGCCGUGGCCAUUGGAAGAUAAAGGACAGCCAAUCGCACGCAUUCCACCCACUCCCGGCACCGUCAUUCCACCAUCAGAGCGCGAGCAUCGUUUCUUGUAGUCAGGGCUGUAUUUUUCCGUUGCGUGCUGGCUGUGAACAGUACUGUAGAGAGAUGGGGGAGCGCCAUCGUCGAGGGCCAGGGAACAUGCACGAUAAGGCUGGCAACCAUUCACACUUUUCUGGUCGGGGAGCCUCCUCUGUCUCUCUGCUUGGCGGCAGCACUGUCCAGUGGAGCCUCAUGCUCAUCCACUGUUGCUUCGACACGUGCGGAUGCGCUAAUCGAGACUACAGUACUGGCGAUACCGAAUCAUGCGAAUGGCCUGUUACUCUCUUGCCUGGGAACGCAAACGUGACGGGUGCUCGUAUCCAGGACGUCCCGCUACAAUCUGAGAAGACGGCCUCCGUCUGCUCAGUAACUGAUGACGUGCAGGCCGAUGUGACUCUGGGUGGCCUAGCAGUUGUCGGUCCCGUGGUACUCGUCGUCGGAUGUCGUCGAGUGGCUUUGGCAUGUCAUAGACAGGGGACAGUAGUCAUGCCUUCGUACCCGGAACAAAGCAUUAUAAUAUUUCAAGGCCGGGCCAUCCAUUCGUGCGUCGAUGCCUGUGCAAAUGGUGACACGAAGCUCUACAUGGAUUCAGCAUCUGCUUACAUGUACGUUCAGGAGACCUACAAACCUAGGCCAGCCGUAGCCUCAAUGAGAAGUUCUGGUCGAUGA